ACAUAAAUUUCAUAAAUUUAAAUUGAUUUUAUAAGGCUAUUCUAAUUUAAUAAUUAAACUAACAAAAAAUACUAAUUCUUUUCUUAGUUUUUGUCUCAGGACAUCAGAUGGAAACAAUAAACGCUCAUGCUGCCUUUCUGUGCAAUUAUGAAGUGAUGCAAAUCCUUCAGCAACUAAAGGACAAUACUCAGAAAAAACAUAAAAGGGAAGCAUCACUAGCAACAGUUACUUAUGAGACAGUUCAUUAUCUACAAGAUACUGAAUGUAAAAGUCAAACAGAAGAAAUGAUACAGAAGUUUCUAGAAGGAAUGAAAAAAUUCAAAUUAACAAAGAUGGAAAAAUUAAUGAUGGUAAAUACACCACCGAGAACAGAAUUGGAAAUACAAUUGAUUGUUCAAGAAAGUGAGGAAAGACUCUCAGAGGAAGAUGUCCAUGCCAUUAUAGAUUUGGUCAAUGAAAUCUUUCCGACUCCAGCGACUUGAUGCUGUUUACUUACAAAAUACAUUGUUACAUGAUUUACAAUAAAAUGAAGUAAGCCCGCA